AUGGCAAACAUUAUCUACGGUUAUAAUCUUGAGCUUGACCCAGCCAUUGGAACAGUUCAGGAGGAUGGGAGCUUGACUCCAAUUCCACCAGUGACGGCGACCAUCGCAGGCGAUUCUGUCCUGGAUGAAAACGGUCGAACCUAUACGGGAUACAGGGCAAAAACCUACUUCCUGCCAAACGAUGCUGAAGAGCAAGCACGCCUCGACUUUCAGCACGAGAUGUGUCUUUUAAUGACAGGUGGCCGGCUUGGUGCUGCCCCCGUCGAAAAUCCCAAGUACUGUCUCGACGCCGCUACGGGUACGGGAAUCUGGGCAAUCCAGUACGCGCAGGAGAAUCCGGCUUGCGAAGUAAUCGGCGCCGAUCUCAGCCUCAUCCAGAGGCAGCAGUCGAGCCCAAACUGCCGGUUCGUUCAACGCGACCUGGAGAAUGAGGAGUGGAAGUUUGAGCAAAAGGUCGACUACGUGCACUUUCGAUUUGUCGUGACCUGCUUUGAUGACAUGCCAGCCGUCAUCAAGAAGGCAUACGACAGCUUGAAGCCCGGCGGCUGGAUCGAACUCCUCGACCCGGUCGUCGGCGUGAAUUCGGUAGACGCCACCCUCCACGGCACCGCGGUCGAGGAGUGGUGCCGGCUGCUCAACGAAGGCGCCAAAGCCGCCGGCCGAGACUUUUCCAAGCCCGCAAGGUAUGCCGGAUGGUGCACGGACGCCGGUUUCGUCGACGUUACGGAGAAGAAGUUCCCGCUGCCGAGCAACGGCAUGUGGCCCAGGGACCCGAAGAUGAAGAGGAUCGGGGAGUAUUCGAUGAGGAACUACACGGCACUGGUAGACAGCCUGUCCAAGUUUCUCACACUGGCCGGUCUGGAUCCGGAGGACGUCGCAAGCCUCGAGGCGCGGGCCAAGGACGACAUUCGCAACCCCCGGAUCCACUACUACAGAGACUUGGUCUACGCCCGGAAGCCGUUGGACGCGUGA